GUCACCCAGACAAGCAGGAGCAGCCGAGACAGCUGGGUGGGUGGCGUGGGACAGCCGAGCCGUGACCCCCCCCCUGCUCUGUCCUUUGCCUCGACGCCUGGACCCCAUGGCGACCCCUUCGCAGAAGAGAAGCACCCGCAGCGGGGCCUCGGGGACCCCCUUGUCCCCCACCCGCAUCACCCGCCUGCAGGAGAAGGAGGACCUGCAGGAGCUCAAUGACCGCUUGGCCGUCUACAUCGACAAGGUGCGCUCGCUGGAGCUGGAGAACGCGGGUCUGCGGCUCCGCAUCACCGAGUCGGAGGAGGUGGUGAGCAGGGAGGUCUCGGGCAUCAAGGCCGCCUACGAGUCGGAGCUGGCGGAUGCCCGCAAGACCUUGGAUUCCGUGGCCAAGGAGAGAGCUCGGCUGCAGCUGGAGCUCAGCAAAGUCCGGGAGGAGCACAAGGAGCUGAAAGCCCGGAAUGCUAAGAAGGAAGGGGACCUGCUGACUGCCCAGGCGCGCCUCAAGGAUGUGGAGGCCUUGCUGAACUCCAAGGAGGCUGCUCUCUCCACGGCCCUCGGGGAGAAGAGGAACCUGGAGACUGAAGUGCGGGACCUGAGGGGACAGGUGGCCAAGCUGGAAAGUGCCUUAAGCGAAGCCAAGAAGCAGCUGCAGGAUGAGAUGCUGCGUCGCGUGGACGCCGAGAACCGCUUGCAGACCCUGAAGGAGGAGCUCGAGUUCCAGAAGAACAUUUACAGCGAGGAGCUGCGGGAGACCAAGCGCCGCCACGAGACGCGGCUGGUGGAGAUCGACAACGGGCGGCAGCGCGAGUUCGAGAGCAAACUCUCGGAGGCCCUGCAGGAGCUGCGGAGCCAGCACGAAGCCCAGAUCCGGCUCUACAAGGAGGAGCUGGAGAAGACCUAUGGGGCGAAGCUGGAGAACGCCAAGCAGUCGGCCGAGAGGAACAGCAACAUGGUGGGCGCUGCCCACGAGGAGCUGCAGCAAACCCGCAUCCGCAUCGACAACCUCUCCUCCGAGGUCAGCCAGCUGCAGAAGCAGCUGGCCGCCAAGGAGGCGAAGCUGCAUGACUUGGAGGACAUCCUGGCCAGAGAGCGCGAGACCAACCGGCGCCUGCUGUCGGACAAGGAGCGGGAGAUGGCCGAGAUGCGGGCGCGCAUGCAGCAGCAGCUGGACGAGUACCAGGAGCUGCUGGACAUCAAGCUGGCUCUGGACAUGGAGAUCAACGCCUACCGCAAGCUGCUGGAGGGCGAGGAGGAGCGGUUGAGGCUGUCCCCCAGCCCUUCCUCCCACAAAGGUGGGUCCCGUAGCCACAUGUCCUCCACCCCGGGCUCCUCCAAGAAGAGGAAGCUGGAGGACAGCGAGAGUCGGACCAGCUUCUCCCACCACGCCCGGACCAGCGGCCGCGUCGGGGUGGAGGAGGUGGACUUGGAGGGACGAUUCGUCCGCCUCAGGAACAAGUCCAACGAGGACCAGGCGAUGGGGAGCUGGCAGGUCAAGAGGCAGAAUGGAGAUGACCCCCCCAUCACCUACCGCUUCCCCCCGAAGUUCACCCUGAAGGCUGGUCAGACGGUCACGAUCUGGGCCUCGGGGGCCGGGGCGACCCACAGCCCCCCCAGCAACGUGGUGUGGAAAGCCCAGAGCAGCUGGGGCUCCGGGGACAGCCUGCGCACCGCCCUGAUCAACUCCAACGGGGAGGAGGUGGCCAUGAGGAAACUGGUCCGCACCGUGAUCAUCAACGAUGAGGAUGAGGAUGAGGAGGAUGAGGAAGUCAGCAUCCGCCACCACCAUCACCAUGGCAGCUGUGGGGGGCCGGGGGACCCCGGCGAGUACAACCUGCGCUCGCGCACGGUGGUGUGCGGCACGUGCGGGCAGCCGGCCGACAAGCCGGGCAACCCGGGCACCGGCAUCGGCGCCGUGUCCUCGGGCUCCUCCACCUCCAGCGUCACCGUCACCCGCAGCUACCGCAGCAUCGGGGACUCCGGCAUCGGCCUCGGGGACAGCCUGGUCACCAGGAACUACCUCCUGGGGAACUCCAGCCCCCGUAGGCAGGCCCAGGCAGUGCAAAACUGCAGCAUCAUGUAACUCCGUGGCACCAUUCCUGUGUUUCCUGCCCAUCUCCAGCUACUUGUUUUGUUUUUUUCUUUCCCAAAGCAAAAGAAACUAUUAUUUUUUUUUUCCUUAAAAAAAAAAAAACCAAACCAAAACAACCAAGAGAUCAAAAACCAAGGUUGAGGGUUUUUUUGUUUUCUAGAGCAAGAAUUUUAUAUAUAUAUAUAUUAAAAAAAUGCUUUAAAUGCUUUGAUUUUUUUUUUUUUUUGUAAAGAAACAAAAUCUAUUUCUAUAAAAAAAAAAACAGAACCAAAAAAAAAUAAAGCUUUUCAGCUUCAAAAUUUUUUUUAAACUUCAGCCAAAGACUUCAAGGAAUGAUGUUUACCAACCAGCUCUGCAGGAAGAGAUUGUAGUUUGGUAGCUCUUUAGAUGAAAUCCUUUUUUGCCAAAGCUUUUUAGAUCCACCUGGGAGCAGCCAAGCCAGCCCCCCCAGAGCUGCAGCCCUUGGUGCUGUUGUAGAUCACCCCAUUGUUGUUUUUUUUUUGCCAUGGGUUGUUUUGGAUCUGAACCCCCCAAAAAAUCCCUUUUCUUUCUUUCCUUUUUUAUUUGGUUGGGGUUUUUUGCCCCCCUCCUCAUGUUUUCCUGGUGUGGGGGCUCCUGGCAGCUUGGGGGUGAUGUCAUUGUCCCCCUUCCCAGCCCCUUGCCCAUCACUCCACACGUACUGUAGUGCCCACCCGAGGCACCUCUUGCCAUUGGGAUGUUCCUUUUUUUUUUUUUUAGUGAUGAUUCUUUUUCUUAUUCAACCAAAUUGUGCCUUAGCCAAGGUGGGGGCUGCUCCACUCCCCCCACCCCAGGGCUGGGAACUCCCCCCCAGAUCCCCCCCAACAACACUGAAAGUCGACGGGAAGUGAAAACCCCUGGAGCUGCAUCCCGGGACCAGAUGGAUUUGGUCAAUGGGGUGAUGGGACCCUCCUCCCUUGGACCCCCAGUUUUGGGGCUGCCUCGUCCUGUGGGGUUCACCCCUGGUUUUCUCAGCUGUGGAUCGUUGGGUUCUUCUCCAGCGGGCUCAGGAGUUUCAGGGCAGGAUGAGGCCAAGGAUGCUGAGGCCGGCGGGGGCUGUUUGACCAGGAAGGUGCUGAGGAAGGAUUUUGGGUUGAGCCAGGGGGAUUUUGGGGGCAGCUCCCUUCUCUGCAAGGGUCCACCCAGCCCUCGAUGGAAAUGUCGGGGGGUUUGCCUCGAUGGGGGAGCACCCACAGCAGCCCCCCGGUGGGUGUGGGCAGGUAGGGGGGCAGGAUGGGGUCCCCCACCCGAGCCCGGGGGGGUCUGGUGACGUGUUUUGUAUCUGCUUGCCAAGCUUCUGUGUCCCUGCCUGUAUUUCCUUCCAGCAUCAAUACAUGGAACCCUUCCCACCCGC